CUAGAGCAGCUGACUUCAGUCUGCCGCUCGCUUGGCUACGAGGCGGACGCACUUGCUCCACACUCAGCUCCUCCAGUCUCUCUCUCCUCAGCGGGAAACCCGUUCGCGACCGUCGCGCAUGCGCCGUGUCUUUCGUAUUUCGUAAUUGCGAUCGCGCCGUGUCCCAGUUUCUUGGCGUUCGCUUUUCAUUUCGUUGCGGUGGAAUCGCUCGACUCUCGACUCUGUUGGCCAACCAAAAAUGCCCAUGCCUCAUUGAGCGGUGUUGGCCCAAGCCGAAUAAUAAUAAUCCAAAGCAAGCGGCCAAGUGAUGUGCAAUCGACUCGAUCCGCAGCCAGGACUCAGUUUGGGAUUAAGACAGCAACGACAGCAUGAGAUCGCAUGUGGCCGUUUACAGGGCGCCAGAAACAGCUCCAUCAUUGCCACUGCCACCAUCCUCCAACUACGCUCCCCUGCGAUACCAUCAGCAUUCGGUGAGCCAUUGGCCACUGGGGAACCAGCAACAGCAGCAGCAACAUCAGCCGGGUGCAGCUCCAGCCUAUAGACUGCAUCAUGGUCCGCCGUCUGCUCCACCGCCCAACUGGGCAGCAGCUCAAUCGGUAGCUUCUUCUGGCCAACCAAACCAGAACGGUGGCUAUGGCGUGGUUAACCAGCAGCGGAUCAAUGAGUGCGCCGGCAUACCGCUCAUCUCGAACGCCUCCAGUCACCUGUCGCCGGCCCAGCGACAGAGAUUGCUGAGGAAAUCCACCCCAAAAACAUGCCCAACAUGGCCACCCGGAGGGGCCACCAUGUCCCAGCUGGCUGUGCAUGCGCAGGGCAUGCCACUGCUCCAGCAGAAUGCUAAGCAGCAUCACCAGCAACAACAACAGCAGCAGCAGCUGCAGCAUCACCAGCCACAUCAUCCACACCAUCAUCACCAACAUCCUGUGACGACCAACUGGAGUGCCUAUCAGCCGAUGAGCAGUCAGGCAGGCUUCAAGUUGGCGGACAAAUCACGAGCCCUUCGCUACCAGAACUCUGCUCCACCGGUGCUCAGCAGCCAGGAGAAGCAGACAGCCGGCAAUAAUGCAUCUACCCAGGAUCAGGCCACUUCACCAGCGGCGGAGACCUUGCCAAGGAUCAUUAAGCCGAGGAAGCGACGCAAAAAGGAUCGCAAGCCUGGCAAUGGUGUUCUCCUCAAAAUGGAGUCCGAUAUGCCGACCAAGCUGACCAAUCCUGGAGAGAGUUACGCCGCAGGAGGAUCUUAUCACCUGGCAAGCGGAAUACUGCAGCAUGAUCAUACGCACGGGGUGUGCUUCUGCCGGGAAUGUGACCCACUGCGUUCUCUGUGGGAUUACCCUCUGCGGCGAUCGCUUUCCGAUGCCUCCUCCAGUGAACAAGGAGGCGGAAGUAGGGAGUCCUCCUCUUCCACCUCGUCCACGCACUCGGACAGCUCCUGCGAUAGCUCCAUCUGCAGCCAGAGCCUGCCCAGCUCAUCGGCUCUGCAGGAGGAGACCACCGAGGAGUUUGCUCCCAUCACCGGCGACAGCAGUCGUGCGGAAAUAGUGGGCGUAAUCGGAUCCCAGCGUAGUCAUCCGAGUGCAGUGACCACACCCUCGCAAUGCCUGAGCGAUGAUUCCGGCUACGGAGAUAUCCUCAGUGGGAUCAACAUAGCCAACGAUCUGUUUGGCAAUUGCUUCAGAGGCGGAAAACUGGGCAACGCCUCCUCCUCGAUUUCCGCCCAGGCGGAGACGCUGCUGGAUGAGAGCCUGAAUGAGAUAUCGCGCAAGCUGAUCGACUGCAAUGCUGCGGAUCAGGCCGGAUCGGGAUUGGGAUCGGGAGCAGCCAGCGACAGUGGAUUGGAUAGCGCUGGCAGCCACAACUGCGGAUCGGGCCUCGUCUUUAACUUUGAGCAUUUGAAUCUGACGGAUGCGACGCCCACAGCCUUGGAUUUUCUCGUGGAUUGCAACAACAAUAGCAGCGGCAUAAGCCAUGGCAAUAGCUUGGGCUUAAUGUGGCGCGCGGGAAGGCAGCCAACUGGUGGAGGUGGAGGUGGCUGCCACGAUGACAGCCAAGUGGCAGCUGCCAAACUGGGCCCAGACAGCCGGGCCACACCCACCAGGCUGAUACUGGGCACGGUGGGUAAGCUGAAGCCAGCGUUUUCCACCAUCUCGUGACGACGACGACGAUGACGACGCCCGUGGAAAACUAAUCAAAAUGAAAAUCAAAAUCAGAGUGCUCAUUUUGCGACGAUUUGGAGAAACGUGAGACGACGACCAGAUAACGACGAUGGGAUGGCGUGGGCGAUUUCCAUUUGGGAUUGGGAAAUGUAAAUGUUAAAUCUCCCGAAAGCGUUUUUUGAGUUUCUACCCAACCCCAAGUUGCGCAACUCCAGCGAAGACAGCGAAGAAAGAAGAAAACCCAUUAAAUGGAUAUAACGCACAUGUGAGACGAUCAUCACAUCAUCAUCAUCAUCACAGUCAUUAUGAUCGUGAUUGGAGCGAAAAACAAAAGGCCAACGAGUUGACCAAAUGGGCGCUGUUGGAUACGAGAUCCCCGGCUAAAUGGAAACUUGUGAAGACAGACCGGGGGACUGGAAACCUUGUACAUACCACAUACACACAGUGCGACUAUCCGAACCCGAAUCCGAAUCCGACUUCCACUUCAACUUCAACUUUCACUUUCACUGCGACGGCGGUGGCAGCGUUUUGUAUAUCUGUAUUUUUUUUAAGACAUUUUUCUUUUCUUUUUCUUUUUGCCAAGACCACAGAUGACGGAGCUGCGGGUGGGGGUUACGGGAAGGGUGCGACUCUUAUGCAGAUUUUGUGGCGCAAAAAGAAGAAGAAAUUGUAGAAAUCGUGUAGAUUAUACGAUGUGAACCCUAGAGAUACUUUAACUAUACCCCAUAUCUGUAUAUCUUAUACCUUAAACAUACCAUUAAUUCUUGUUGUUAUUUGUGCAUUAACGUUAUCCACAUCUCAUAGGGCCCCUAGAAACCUGUCAAAUCGUACUCCCCAAGAUCUGGGAUUUAUAAAGGGGGGCUUCUGUGUGUGUGUUAAUUUUUAUGUUUGAGCUUAAGCAACGUUCCUACAUGUUAGAUGUGUAUCUUUUUAUAUAUUUUUUGGGUUCUAUUUUUAUGUUAUCUGAUUAGUGGGUUAUCGGUUUUUACUUAGUCCGUAAUGCGCUACAACGUGAACUUUUAUAGUUGAUAAGAUUCGGUUAAUGCUUAGGUUAUCCUUAGAUUGGGGAACACAGACAGACAGGAUCUCUAAUGGUUAGAAGCGAAGUUCUAUUGAAAGCUUAGUUAUACGUACAAUGCGUUUUAAAACGAUAAGGUGUU